UCUUUCGAUGCUGCAUCACUUACCUAGAGCAUUCCCACAACAUCAUCUGAUUCUUCGAUAUGCCUUAAAUACUUACUACGGUUGGCUUCAAUCGUCUUAUAUCUGUGGCCAUAAAGGUUUCCGCUAUCUGUGUUGUUCGACGAACAGUGCCAUGCUUCCAUACUGGCUGUCGUACAUGGUGUUCCGCAAACAGAGAUCCAUAACCUAUUUUGCACGUAAACCUUCUCGUGUGAUGAUUACUUGUUCACAAGGUUUUCGCUAUCUGUAUUAUUCGACAAAUGGAGUCGCACUUCCUUUUAAUUUAUCCACAAUAUAGUUAUAACACUUGGUAACCUUGUAUUUUGCACUGAGACAAUUGAAACUAAUUUAUUCACUUAUUUUAGGUAGCUGUCAUACAUUAUGUUCCACGAACAACGAUCCAUAACCUGUACUUGCACGUACACUUCCUUAUUUGUUGAUCACUUGUUCUUAAGGUGUUCGAUAUCUGUAUCGAUGAACAGCACUACAACAUACACUACUGCACUACGUUGCCCACUGAAAUCACUUUACUCAUUGCUUAUUUUGGUUAUGCGCUAGUUUUAGUUUGUUUAAGUGCACCGUUCGCGGAAUCCCUUUUACUUCAAUCUUGACGUUUUGGUUCUGCAAGAUUUCUAGCACUUUAUAUGGUCCAGUAUAUUGGUCGGAGAAUUUUCCUUUACUGGGUU